AUGAUGUUCACGGACAAGAGCUCCGGCACGGCGGUGCCCAAGAAGGCCCCGAAGAAGAAGACGCGGCCUCAGGGCCUGCCCUCUCCGGCGCUGUGCUGCGCCUGCGGCCUCUGCAUCAUGCUGGCGGGCAUCAACAUCACGCUGGUGGGCGCCUUCGCCUUCGGCACGCUGCUGCCCGCCCACAACCCGCCCAUCGUGAUCGGGCCCGUGCUGCUGCUGGUGGCGCUGGCGUUCUUCGGCGCGUGCUGCGUGUGCAGCCGCCGGCCGGCCGCCGCCGGCGCCCGCAAGCCCAAGUCGGGCGGCGGCAUGGGGAUGUCGCGCCUCAGCGGCACGGCGUUCGAGAUCGAGACCAGCGAGCACACCCUGCAGGACACCACCGCCGUGCAGCUCAGCCCCACCAACUCGCCCAGCUCGUCCCGCGCCUCCAGCCCCGCCCACGAGCCCCCGCGCCUCGCCCCCAACCUCUUCACCAUGGAGACCGACUGCCCCGCCUCCGCCUGCUACUUCGCCUCCGCCUCCGACUCCGGGGGCGGGGCCGUCAAGCUCAACCUGCCGCGCGACCCCCUACCGCCCAGCGCAGAGGGGUGCUGA